AUGGUGAAACGUGGUAGCGGCCUCUCCCCUCAAAAAGAUGUUCGCCGCUCAAGCAGGGAACGUUCCAUGGUGUAUCGCAGUUUGGCAGAAAAUGAUCUCGCAGAACAUCAUUUACGUGGGAGCUUUAUGAAAAGUAUAAUAAGAACGGCUACAGAACAGCUACAUAAGGAACUCAUAUCUGCACCAGUCGCAGGCUAUACGCGUUCUGGAAGAAGAAUAACAGGCAGCAUUCAUUACGAAGAAAGUGAUUCCUCAGACGAUGAGUACGAAAAGCGAAGAAGAAGACGAAGGUACGUAAAGGAACGUUACAACGACGAGAAUGUAGACAUCCGUUCUCCGAGCCCAAAGAGGUGCUCAUUGAAGAAACGCACCGCAAUCGAAGAUGGAGGAGGUCGUGAGAAAGAACAGAAGCAGGAAGAUUCCGAGCAGAACGAUGACACAAAUUCAAACAUGUAUGAUACUAUCAAAAGAGAACGGAAAGCUGCUGGUCCUUCGCAACCGAAUUCUCCCCGCAUGACAAAUGGUACAGAAUCUGCUCGCAGCCUACGUCAAGCUAAUAGAGAGCGGUUAUCGAAUGGAAUUGCUAAAGAUGAGCCAAGUGUCGAGGUUGAUGAGAGCCAAACCAGUGAAGAAACAGAAGAGGACGAUGAAAAAACUCCAGAACCUCGUCAAUAUUCAUUGAGAAAAUUCCGGCAGCCUGUGGAGCGGUUCGCAUCUACAACAACCCCAAAGGAAAGACUCAGAGAAGACCGGGAACGCAGAAGUCGUGGUCGAUCGACUGAUCGGAGGGAUCGAAAGGCGAAGCGCGCUGCAAAAAGGCGCCGAGAAUUAGGGAGUGAUUCCUCGUCUACUUCAUCAAGCGAUAGCAGCGAUGACCUUAUCAGGACACGUAAUGAUGAUUUACGCUUUGAAAGGCGUAAAGAAAGGAGCUUAGCAAAGGCUCGCAAUCGCUAUCUGCCAAUCAAUCUAUCUGACAAGGACUUGUCUACCAGCCAAGCAGUCAUAAGAGAACGUUUACGUCAGGCCGGGGGUUCAUGCACUGACAUUGAUCCUAUGGGCAUUGACACUGGAAUUGGGUUUGAGCAGGUUGGAGGUCUUGGAUCACACAUUCAAUCACUAAAAGAAGUAGUGCUCUUCCCAAUGCUCUACCCAGAAGUAUUCAAGCAGUUUAACAUUAUGCCUCCUAAAGGUGUUGUGUUUUAUGGCCCUCCAGGUACCGGAAAAACUCUUAUGGCGCGAGCACUAGCAAAUGAAUGCUCAAAGAGUGGAAAGAAGGUAGCAUUUUUCAUGCGAAAAGGAGCCGAUUGCCUAAGUAAAUGGGUUGGAGAAGCCGAAAGACAGUUGAGAGUUCUCUUCGAUCAAGCCUAUGCGAUGCGUCCAUCGAUAAUAUUCUUUGAUGAAAUAGAUGGCCUUGCACCUGUACGCUCUUCCAAACAAGAUCAGAUCCAUUCGAGCAUAGUGAGCACCCUUUUGGCUCUAAUGGAUGGACUAGACAAUCGUGGGGAGGUGGUGGUGAUUGGUGCGACGAACCGCUUGGAUACGCUAGAUCCAGCGCUUAGAAGACCGGGAAGAUUUGAUAGGGAACUUAAGUUCUCGCUCCCUGACGCUAGUGCCAGGAUGCAAAUUCUAAAGAUUCAUACAUCGAAGUGGGGUGGUAGUCAGCCUGAUGAGGAGACUUUAAAAUGGUUAGCAGAUGGAACAAGCGGUUACUGUGGUGCAGAUCUUCAGUACCUGUGCACAGAAGCUGUUCUGGUAGCAUUGCGAUCUCGCUUUCCACACAUCUACAUGUCAAAGGAACGCUUGAAAUUGGAUCCAUCGGACCUUGUCAUUGACAAGAAUUGUUUUACAACAGCUAUGCGUCGAAUUACUCCAGCUUCAAGAAGAGAUCUUUCAAUCCCAUCUCGACAGCUAGAUGAACGGACUUCAAUUCUUCUGCUGAGCACCGUCACGUCCAUCCUAAAUAUUCGCAUACCAACAGGAUAUAGAAGCUCUCAGUCAGUCCUAAACACUGCAUCAACAGAGCUGGAAAAGGUGGUUCGAGCACUUGAGCAGCCUCCAUGUGUUCCAGCAGUGCGUUUAAUGUUGUGCGGUAGUGAGGAAAAUCCUGAUCUUGGCCAAACUUCAUAUGUGUUGCCUGCUGUACUCGGCAAACUUGACCAUCUUCCAGUAUUUUCAAUAGCGGUGGCCAAGCUGUUUGCAGACGGCAGACCUGAGGAAACAUUAGCCCAGACUGUUCAAGCAGCUCUACGCGCUGCCGCGAGCGGUCCAUGUAUCCUGCUUCUCCCAAGCAUUGAUCAGUGGUACGAAGUGGUCCCUCCGAGUGUAGCUCACAUGCUUGCAACUGCUCUCGACUCUCUGCACGGUUUCACUUCGAUUCUGUUCCUAGCUUCAUGCGAUUGCACGUAUGAUUCAUGCUGCAAUGAAGUGAAAGAUCUCUUCGGCCCUUCUCAAUGUUUGAGUUUGAAGCCACCCAAAGAGCAUCACCGCCGACGUUAUUUCGAACAUAUUCUGGCUAGCGCUAGAGUUCCGCCAAAAAUUUUUGAUCCUUCGCUUUACCAGGAACCCGAAAAAGCAGGAGAAGAUGUUGCUACUACCUCUCGUAAGCUAAAUGAUAAGGAGGCAAGAGAACUAGUUAAAAUAUAUGAGAGCCAGCUGCGAAGAUUCCGUAUUUGGGCGAGAGAUAAACUAAGUGCAUUAAGACGCGAUCGUCGUUUUACAAUCUUCGUAAAACCGGUGGAUAGUGAAGACGUUGAAGACUACUACGAUGUUAUAAAGCAUCCAAUGUGUAUCUCAGAAAUGGAAGAAAAAAUCGAUAGGCAAGAAUACCUCCACCCUGAUCAUUUACUUGACGAUAUACGGUUGAUAAGGGAUAAUGCUAUUGAAUACAAUCCAACGAGUACUGACGAGGGAAGGAUCAUAAGACAUAAUGCGCACGCUCUUUGGGAGACUGUUGUUGACCUCUUUGACGUCGAUCUAGAUGUUGAUUUUGUGGAAUCUCUAGAGAAUAAUGCAAAAAUGUUGGCUGACGCUGGUGUUAAACCCACAAACGAGAAAUUAUUAGAGCUUCCUCCCGGGUUCAAGAGAACAGUUCCUUGGAGUGUUAGUGCUGGCUACAUGACGCAGUUGCCCAAAGAGCAGGAUAAAGCAACGAAGGGUGACAAGGAAGAUGUAUUUCUGAAGAGAAAAGUGGUUAAGGCUUUGCCUGCGACUGCCUCGAACAACAUUAAUCGAGUGAAAUUCCGCACACAUCGCAGAAACCGCGGCGGAUAUGCGUUUCCGAACUCAGCGAAGAAAAAGAAAACUGCUGCCAUCGUUAAAUCUCUUAAAAGAUCAUUGGCAAGUAGUGUGGAUGGAAGCUCAGGAAGUCAAACGUCUCAAGCUGGUUCAGAAGAAGAACUGAUGGAGAACGGAGAUGGCAUGGAGGUCGAGAUUGAAAAACACGGCACUUCUCACGUACCCGCCAAGAAAAAGCUAAUUUUGUGUGAAUCCAAAAUCACAGAUCUUGUAAAUAAAUGUGUAGAACGUAGUAAUGGUUGGUCCGUAAGUGAACUGGAGCGCUUGGCAGCCGUGAUUGCUCAUGAUAUUGAAGAAUUCAGGGAUAAAUGGGAUCGUUCGAGUUUACCAUCGAAAUUGACCGCUACAGUGGAUUCUUGGCAAAUGGACUUCCAGAACAGAGCUGGAGGUAAAACUGGAGGAGGUGGAGUAGCGUCAGCUGCAGAUGCGGGUGUCGACCGCAGGGAGCGUUUAAGACAGCUUGCUCUAGAAACCAUUGAUCUUCAAAAAGAUCCGUAUUUUAUGAGGAAUCAUUUGGGGACAUAUGAGUGCAAGUUGUGUCUUACAUUACAUAACAAUGAAGGAUCGUACCUCGCUCAUACCCAAGGUAAAAAACAUCAGUCAAAUUUGGCACGAAGAGCUGCAAAAGAGGCUCAAGAACAACCUUUCCUUCCUGCACCUGCUCAGCCUAAAGUUGAAUUGAGGAAGUUUGUCAAGAUCGGUCGACCUGGUUAUAAGGUCACUCGAGAACGUGAUCCUGCAACCGGGCAGCAAGCUUUGCUUUUUCAAAUAGAUUAUCCUGAAAUCGCCGAAGGCGUCCAGCCUAGGCAUCGUUUCAUGUCGGCCUACGAGCAGAAGAUUCAACCCCCAGAUAAGAGGUGGCAGUACCUUCUCUUCGCAGCUGAGCCCUACGAAACGAUUGGGUUCAAGAUCCCAUCGAGAGAAGUCGAUAAAUCCGAGAAAUUCUGGACAAUGUGGAAUAAACAUACUAAGCAAUUUUUUCUACAGGUUGCUUUCCGAGUGGAUUCCCGAGUAAAUGAGAACGAAGUCCCUCCGGCACCUCCACCUGUUAUGAAUGCUCCCAUGCCUCCUCCACCUAUGUUUGUUCACUACUAA